AUGGCGACGCCAGGGUCCGCCGCGGCAGCCGCGGAGGACAGGAAGCUCGCGCUCGACGCCGACGAGGACGUAGGCGAAGAGGGCGAGGAGGGCGGUGAGGAGGGCGCCGAUGGAGCGCCUUCGGCGGCGCGGCUGGCGCGGCUGGCACGCAAGGCGCAGGCGGCCCGUGUCGCGCGGCUGCGGCACAAACAGUUCGCAGCGCUCGUGGCUGAAGAGGCUGCGGCUGCCCCGGCCACCCUCGCGGCAGUGACGGCGGACUUGCGCCGCGCGCUCAAGCCGGAGGAGCUGGGACAGCUGGCCUCGUGGCUGUGUGAGAGGCCCGGCGGAGCAGCUUACGUCGAGACUUACCUGCAGCAGCCAAAGAAGGUCGAGCCGGCGCCAGUCACCGCCAGUCACACGGUCGCCGCGCCGACGCCAGUGGCAAUCUUCCCGCCGCUGCCGCUGAUGCCAGAAGUGCCAUUCGCGCUCGCACCGACCGACGCCAAGACGCCCUCUUCCAAGCCACCGGCCUCCCCCUCCGACGGCACCGAGCGGCAGCGAAAAAAGAAACGCGCGGCCGCACGCGCGGCGGCGCCACCGUCAUUGUCCCCGCCCUUCCUCACCGCUGGCUUCACUGUCUCCCUUUAA